AUGUGCAAGUCCAGUGGAGUAGUCGUUGUGAGUUUGGAUUACCGAAAGGCACCUGAGAAUCCCUUUCCGGUCGGUCUCGAAGACGUUUGGGCUGGAGUGCUUUGGGUCUUUGAAAACAUUGAAUCCUUGGGAGGUGAUCCGGCCAAGAUUAUUCUCGGCGGCUUAAGUGCUGGAGGGAACAUCACAGCUGUCCUCGCUCAGCGUGCCAGACACACGAAACAAGUCUCAUUUUGCGGCCAGAUCUUGAGGAUCCCUUUGGUAGUGCAUCCUAAAGCACAGCCUGCAGAGCUCGACUUCUCCAGCUAUGAAGAAAAUGCGGACGCCCCAAUUCUUCCAUCUGCAUCGGUCACGCAAUUUCUCGGGUACUACAACGCACCACCCGAGGACACCCGAGUCUCUCCUCUUCUGGAAACAGAUCUGUCUGGGCUGCCUCGCACGUACAUACAGAUCGCCGGAGCUGACCCCCUGCGGGAUGAUGGAUUUGCCUACGCCGAGAAAUUGCAGCAAGCUGGGGUUCCGGUUAAAGUAAAUGUGUAUCCUGGCUUGCCACAUGGUUUCAUGAUGUUGCCCCUGGCUACUUCACACAGAAGUGAUGAGGACCUGAUGAAGGCUAUUGAAUGGAUGGUUGGGGAGCGACUGGUUGAAUGA